AUGGUACUUGAAGAAGCAGAGCUCAUGGACUCCGCCUCAUACCUGCUGUGUGACUCCAGGUGUCCAUCAUUACCCUUUUUCUCUGGACCUGGGUCUUCCCAUUUGGAAGCUGGGGAUCACUUAUCCCUGCCUUCCUGCCACGUGACUGUGAAGAGGACAUGUCUGUCCUGGCUCUGGAAUCUGGGUUGCACCUGCAGGGCUGAGCUCCAGGAGGGAUGGGUGGCUGUGGACGACAGUGCGCCCCCUCCUGGAAAGUGGGGGCAUUGCAGUCUGGUCCUGCUGGGCCACUUGCCUGUCCUACCUCUUCCCUUGUUUGGCCUGUGCUCUUUUUUCCCAGGCUGCUGA